AUAACGUGGCAGUUUGUGUACUCUUCAUAUCUAUUCCUCUUUUCGGGUGCCUAAAUCUUGCUGACUGUUGAUUUUGCCCCUUUGAAGGAAAAGCAAAGAAUAACACACCUAUAGCAACGACUCUUGUGAGGAACAUGUCUUUUUUAAGCAGAAGCGUUUCCCCUGGGCAACGAUCGAACUUGAAUGUGGCGUCUAAUUGUGAAACAGAACUUCAAGAAAACCAUCCUGCCGAAGCAGAACAUAAGCUCUUCCUUACCAAAAAGGAAACUGAAGCGACCAUUGACAGUCAAGAGCAACUGAAUGCUAUUUCAAACGGGAAUAUGAGCAGUGUUAGUAGUUUGCUGCAAACUGCUGACGAGAAGAACGAUGCAAGUCAAGGUCAGAUAUUGUAUCGUGUGGCUCUGCUGGCUAUGUGCCUUCUCUCAGCAGUUUCUCUUGGGCUCACCUUGCUGAUGUUGUUUGGUGUUCUUCACGUUGGUUCACCGCAAUGUACCUGCUCUGGAGAAACAGAGGCGUCAGAGCUUGAAAAGAAUGUGCAAGAGAUGAAAAGGAACCUCUCGGCUUUGCGAGAAUAUUCGGACCAAAAUACAAAAGAAAUCUGGCUCGCAAUACAGAGUGCACCCUGCACAUUGAGCGAACUAAACACAAGUGUGAAUGAAAAGCUUCUUGAUUUUCGACAGCAGAUUCUGCAGCUUGAUCAGAAGGUAAAAAAUACAAAUAGCAGCAGGAGCAUCGUAGGACCACCUGGAGUCAAUGGUAGUAAUGGUGAAGGUGACAUUGGACCUACCGGACCUGUCGGACCUGCUGGACCUUCAGGAUAUAAUGGUACCAAGGGCCCUGCAGGACCAUCCGGACAACCUGGUGUUAAAGGCGUUCGUGGACCAUCUGGGUACAAUGGUACUCAGGGCCCACCUGGACCUGGGGCCAGUUCAUGUUUUUUUAAGACUUUAUCCAGCUCUGGAAUGACAGCAGACCCGGCCGCUACACAAGAAGUUCGAGUGACGGAACCAAACGGUAAGAUCUUUAUCGGCGUAAACUGUGAUACAAAUGACGCGAAAACUGCUAAAUUAUCAAGCACCAUCUCCGCUGGAAAGAGAACCUACAAGUGCAAUUGUGAAGGUACCCUAACAACUGGAGAACCAAAGACGUACUGCUACAUCCACUACUGGGAGUGUCAGUUAUAGGGAGGAAAGCGGAAAGCCGUUUGAUGAAGAGGAGUCUUUGUAAAGAGAAUAAAAGAGUGUUGAAUCAGAAACGAGACUGAAACACAUUUUUUUUUACCUUUUUAACAUAAGUGCUAUUUUUCAAAUAUGCCCAGUAAAAGCCAAAUCAAUAAUUACAAAGAAAUAUGAAAAGAAAAGCGAAGCCAAA